AUGAUCUUAAAAGAUUUAACUUCUGCGUGGGCUCGCGGACACGUACCCUCAUCAUUAGUACUUGCUAUCGUUGCUGGUGCAGGGGCUCUAGCGUAUUAUAGGUUACAAAAAUCAGACGACGAAGAUAUCAAUUAUGAGAUAUUAAAUACCAUUCCAACACCAAAGGGAAUGAAACCGUAUGUUGGCCAUCUUUUAUGCUUUGACAAGUUGACCGGGUACAAGUUCAGAGAUUGGCACCAGGAACUGGGGCCUGUUAUACGAGUUCAGUUGGGUGUCCAGCCAUGUAUCCUGAUCAGCGAUCCACAAAUAGCACACGAGCUUUUUGCUGUGAAUGGUGCAGUUGCGUCCAACCGUCCACGCUUUCCAAAUAUCAACCGUUAUUAUUCAAACGGUAAAAGGGGUCUCGUAUUCCAAAAUGACACUACAAACAGGAAUCAUAUGAUAGCCUCAGCAAAGGCCAAGUCUACAUCCAACACGGCCGUUGCUCAACACUACACCUUUAUUUGA